UGCUAACUGAUAGUUGUCCAAGCUAGGCAGUGGAAUGAAAACAACCAGAAUUGAAACUUAAAAUGCCAUCAAGACUGCUUUUUGCGGAAUAGAUCAGCUUAAAUUAAACCAAUGUGCCGGGGAAACGCUUGUUUCUGACGUCUAGUGGACAAUGCGUUACCACAUGUUUGUUUUUCUGUUGGGUUUAUUGUAUUGUGGAAGUCUACCAUGGGUGUCUGCCUGCCAACAAGAGCCAGAGACCCCAGACUGGAGGAUGACUCUGAAAACUAUCCGCAACGGAAUACACAAGAUUGACACGUACCUGAACGCAGCACUGGACUUGUUUGGUGGCGAUGACGGGCUGUGUCAUUAUAAGUGUAAUGAUGGUUACAAGCCUGCACCUCGUCCUGGUUACAAGAAACCACCUCCCAACGGAUGUGGCUCCCCGCUGUUUGGAUUUAAGGUAGUCUCACAUUAUCACAUUGAGUUUCCCAGAUUUGUAAAGGGAGGUCCUUUCACUUCUUGGAAAAGCAAAACUGGUUAUAUAAUGUGAUUCCUAAUGACAUGU